GUGCAGCUGGAGCCUACACCGUCACUAUCGUCGACAAGUUCAUGUACAAGAAUAUCGAUCCUGUGGUUAUACCGGGCCAGUAUGCCAGCCACAUGCAUACAUUUUUCGGAUCUGAUGCUGUGACGUUGAACACAACCACCUCCAAAGAGUUACAAGCGGGCUGUGCCACAGCAGUCAACCCCAACGACUAUUCCUCUUACUGGGUGCCUACUCUUUUUUACAAAAACGAAACCGCGACUGGCCCAGUUCCCGUCAGUCGAUUCAGUGCCUACUACGUUGCGAUCGAAAAGGCAGAAGUCGCCAUUCCUCAAGACUACAAGGCUGUUGUCGGCAACGCCUCCGCAAAGUCCGAGGCUGAUACCGAGCCUCUGGCGGGCAUCCAAUGGUUUUGCGAGGGCGGCCCUAGCGCAGGGAAGGACGUCAAUGGUUUUCCAUCCAAGACCUGCAACACCCAUCUGCAGACGAUCCUCCUGUUCCACGACUGUGUCAACCAAGAGACACUCGAAUCCACAUACUCUGGAACCCAACACUGGACCGCAACCAGCAAGCCUGCCAACCGCUGCCCUCUUGGAAUGAAGAGGAUGCCCCAACUGCGCUUCAGCAUCCGUUAUGAUCUUCGCAAGGCUUUGCCUGACGGCUGGGAGGGGACUGCCCCUCUGGAACUGGCUUGCGGCCCCGCCUACUGCACACACGGCGACUUCAUCAACGGAUGGCUUCCUGAAGCUGCCGAGAACAUGUUGCUUGCAAAUUCAAAGCGGGAUUUCGCCGGUGUAGAUGGUCCUGCGGGCAAAUACAGUGCUGGAUCUGUCUGUGGUGCUCAGAACGCGACGGACGCUGAUCCGGAGAACGGCACUUCCGACUAUUUGACGAGCAAGCAGAUUCUCCAGAAGCUUACAGACGAAAAGGCUUGAUCGAGUGGAUUUUGUUUCACUUGUUCGGUUUAUUCAAGUUUUGGUGUGUGCACUAGAAUGCCGACUUUUCUUUUUUUUAAUCAAACCUACUAUCGUCCGGGACGAGGAGAGCGAAGGGGGUCUUUGCCUCUAAAGUGCUAAGACCCCUCACAUCUGUUGAGAGUCUUCUUAUAGACUAUUAGAUUUAGUCCUGUACCUCGUAAGUCGAUAGAGGUCUUAGUUUUGUAUUCUUUCACUGCUCUUGUAUUACUCCUAGAACAUUACUUACUUAAACCAAUAAUGACUGGGCCCAUCCUCGUUCCAUCCCCGAACACAGCUCUUGCAAAGACGGUGUGUGGUGUAUCAC